AGAAAAUUGACAUAAUGGCUGAGAGAACAUAUAAAUAACCAGAAUACAGCAUUUCAGACCAAAGGCAGCAACGUCUCCGAAGGGAGCAUUGUAUAGGUUAAGUUCAUCUAGAGGCACAGCAGAAACUGGAUUUUGCAAAAUAAACUGAGAAGCUUCUUUUUAGAAAACAUUUCUGAGAACGUCUGAGAGAUUUUUUACCUCUGCCUUUAGCUGUGUUUGCAAUUUCUUUAAAAAAAACAUGUGCACUGGAGGCUGUGCUAAGUGCCUAGGAAUCACUCUUAUCCCUUUGGCUGUGCUAUGUACACUUGCUAACAUUUUGCUGUUCUUCCCUGGAGGAAAAGUGGUUGAAAACAAUCAAAAUAUUACAGAUGAGGUUUGGUACUUCGGAGGGAUCUUGGGAUCUGGUGUAUUGAUGAUCUUUCCUGCUUUGGUGUUUUUGGGCCUUAAGAAUAAUGAUUGCUGUGGAUGCUGUGGUAAUGAGAGCUGUGGAAAGAGGUUUGCGAUGUUUUCCUCUAUAAUAUUUGCUGCAGUUGGAGUUCUGGGAGCUGGAUAUUGCUUUGUUGUGUCAGCAGUAGCCCUAAACAGAGGCCCUAAAUGUAAUGAUGGAAACCAGUGGCUCUAUCCGUUCCAGGACGGGAAUUAUCUAGGUAACCACACAAUAUGGGCUAUGUGUAAGUCACCUGAAACUAUAGUUUCUUGGCACCUGACCCUCUUCGCCUUGCUGCUAGUGAUGAGUGGGAUCCAAGCAGUGCUCUGCGGUAUUCAGGUUGUGAAUGGACUCUUUGGAACAAUCUGUGGGGACUGCAAAUGCUGCGGAUGUUGUGGGGUGAGCAACUGA